AGUUGGGCUGAGCUAAGCGUCAUAUCCGUGAUAAAUGUGAAUCCAGUUUAAGAGUGAUUUGACCCCAUUUGACCUUUGUGGUGCACGUUGUUGUGACUGACUACCAGACUUGCUUGCAUUCUCAAUUUCACUUGUUCAACCCUUCCGUUCAACUUGACUAGGUUUGCUCUUUUCCAUACUAUAACCCCCUUUAGGCCAGCUUCUGACUACGUCGCAGAGAGAGAGAGAGAGAGAGCUACGACGUAGUUUUUGUCGUCACAACGUAGUUUUUGUCCUAACAAAAUAUUGCAGAAGGAGGUCUGGUUGGACCGAGUCUGUAUGGCGCACCACGGCCACGGUCACAGUCAUGGCUGUGGCGGACACGGGCAUGGAGGUGAUGACCAUGACCAUGACCAUGAUAGUCCAGAGAUCGGUGUACAGUACAACCUGUACAUGAAGAUAGACAAGGACAGGGUGGAGUGUCUGAAUGAAACAGUGGAGGGAUCAGGGAAACAGGUCUUCAAACCAUGGAAUGAACGUUUGGACAAAAGCAAAUAUGUGGACAGUGAUGCAGAUGAAGAACUUCUUUUCAACAUCCCGUUUACAGGCCUGGUGAAGUUGAAAGGAGUGAUAAUAAUUGGUGGAGAGGAUGAGUCACACCCUGAUCGCAUGAAACUGUUUAAGAAUCGUGAUGCGAUGACGUUUGAUGAUGUCCACGUGGAAGCAGACCAGGAGUUUGAGCUACAACCUGACCCAAAUGGGGUGGUGGAGUAUAACACCAAGGUGGUGCGAUUCUCUGGUGUCCACAACCUUUCUAUCUACUUCCCUGGAAACUUUGGUGCUGACAACACAAGAGUAUACUAUAUUGGCCUCCGUGGAGAGUAUACAGAGAUGCAGAGACAGGAGGUGAUGAUUUGUAAUUAUGAGCUGGCGCCCAACCCUGCAGAUCACAAGACUGAUGUGUUCGACCCUGCCCAACAUUCUGUGUAUUAAGCCCAUCAUGCAAUGCCGACCACAGCCCCCUGGUCUUUUCCAGACAUGUUUGGGAGCUAGUCUUGAGCAAAGUCCCCUGUGGUUGGAAGUUGGACGGAAAUGUUGCCUUCAAGUCUUUAAAUGUCAUCCAGGCUAGCCGACUAUAAUUCAGUUGGGAAAGUCAUAUUCUGCUUGGAUGUGAUUAGAACAGCGACUAGAAUAGGAUGGAUAUUCCAGGCUACUCCCACCCCAGCGCUGACCUUGGUUGGGGAGUGGUCGUAAGCACAGUCUUGGGAAGGUUCUAAAUGUGUGAUGGGCUUGCAAUAUACAGAAGCAGUCGUGCUACUUUAUUUAUCACUGUGUGAUAGGUUUGGUCUCAAACAAGGGUUGUAGAUUGAGAUGUUGCUGUAAGUGUUGAAAACUUCAACAUCAAUAUGUCUGAGAAAUGUAGCUUUUUCAAGAAGUAGUAAUGAACUGGUCAGAAACUAUGGAUCUCCAAAAUUGCUUUUGUCCUUUCUACAUGUCUGUCAUUAAGGUAAGAAUAGGUCCUGGAGUUACAUUGUAUGCCUUAAGCAUCAUGACAGAUGCCAUUGUAAGUGUAGAAAUAUUUAUGUAUGUUGCACUUUUCAUCCAUGUAAAGGAUGUUUUCAUUUCUUUAUAAUUCCAUGAAAUCUCUUGCAUCCACAAUAAAUGAAUUACCAGUUGAGCUAAA